AGUAAACUACGGAAAAGUAGUAAUUUACCAUACCAUUCACAGUUGCAAAUUUUCUUUACAACAAAAGUAUUUGUUUUAUAUUUGUGUAACAAAGGCAAACAGUGAAUAAUUCCAAAAAUUGUGCAAAACACUUUUCGUACAGUUUGGAAUUUUAAAGGGCAAAAUGGCGAGCGUUGAAAUAUGUGAUAAAAAUGGAAUGGAAACGGUGGAGAUUCAAGGCGAAAAAGAAAACGAAGCCAUAGAUGAUUCUGACAAAAUCACCAUUAUAGAUCCAGACACUGAAGAAUUGGAUUUCAAUCAUUCGCGAGUGACAAAAUUGGAGAAUUUGGAGCCUUUGACGAAAAUUAAAAAACUAUGCUUCACAUGGAAUCUGAUAACGAAAAUAGAAAAUCUCAAUACUCUCGUUACACUUCAAGAAUUGGAAUUACGUGAUAAUCAAAUAACAGUUUUGGAGAAUUUGUCCGCUUUAGUCAAUUUGCAAGUUCUCGACUUAUCUUUCAAUCGCAUCAAAAAAAUCGAGGGUCUCGAUAAUUUGCUGAAUUUAAAUAAAUUAUUCCUCUCCUCGAAUAAAAUAUCACAGAUUGAAAAUAUUUCUCACUUGAAGAAUUUGACGACCUUAGAAUUAGGUGAUAAUAAAAUACGUGAAAUUGAGAAUUUAGAAGGUUUGGAGAAUCUUGUCAAUCUCUAUUUGGGUAAAAAUAAAAUCAGUAAAAUCCAAAAACUCGACACACUCGUUAAUCUUCAAUUAUUAAGUCUACAGAGUAAUCGAAUUACGCAAAUAGAAAAUUUAGCCGAACUGAAAAAUUUGGAUCAACUCUAUUUAUCGGAAAAUGGAAUCACUUUAAUCGAAGGUCUUGACAAUUGUCCAAAAUUGUUGACAUUGGAUUUAGCAAAUAAUAAAAUCAAGAAGAUUCAAAAUAUUGAUCAUCUCAAUGUCCUGGAAGAAUUUUGGGCGAACAAUAAUUUAAUAGAAGAUUGGCCAACGGUGGAGAAUUUGGCCAGUAACAAAUUAUUGCAAACGGUUUAUUUGGAGAAUAAUCCGAUUGCAAAGGAUUCGAAUUAUCGAAGGAAAAUUAAAUUAAUUUUACCCUGGUUAUCGCAACUGGAUGCAACUUUGUGCAGAUGAAUUAAUCAACAAUCUAACAGUUAAACAGAAAUUUCAAAGAUUAAUGUUCUUACAUUAAGAACACUUUCGUAAAAAUAUUGAAUGGACAGAAUUCAUCCGAUGUUAAGUGUUUUCCUUCGCAAAAAAAACCAACAAGUAACUCAUAUUUCAAUUUUUAACCAUAAAAAAAUAUUCAAUUUUACUGUGAAAAAAUUUAUACCUAUUGUAGAAAUAUAGUUCAAAAGCUCAAUAUAUUUCUGUCAUUUUAA